AUGCAACGAGUCCCGCUCGGGCAGUCCAGUGAUGGACAGGGUAGGAAGAUCGCGAUCCAAAAGGCGCCAGCGCCGCCGCAGCAGGGCAACGAGAAUGCAGAAAGAUACGAGAAAGAGCAAAGAGUGGCCAUGAGGUUGAACAAGAACCUCGUUAAUCUCCUAAAAGAACUAGAAGACCGGGUCGAUGAAGCAGACAAAAAGGCCAUCAAGCAGACAUUACAUGAUGUUGAGGAUGAUCUUGUUUCCCUGGAUUCCUUACAAUCCGUCAGGACUCUGGGAAAAAGGCCACGCGAGCAAUCGGCGCAGAGAAAAGAGCCAGGGGAUGGCCAUCACGGAGAGGCCCUCGUGACUGCAUCCGUCGGCUCCAACGAAGAUCUCGACUUCCUUGAUGAGGAUUUGAUGCGCAGCCACGAGUCGAGAGAGACCGGCUACAUGGGCCAAAACUCGGAGGUGCAAUGGCUACGAAGUGUUCAGCGUCAAGCAGAACGUGGCAACUCAGACCCUCAAGGGCAGCGAUACGGCCCUCCAGGCGCAAGUUCGGCAGCUAUUGACGAACGAUCCGAAGCUUUGCAUGAACGAAGACAGAAUGCUAGACCGGGCUCGAUGCAACACAUAACGGACGCGACUUUCUACCUGGACGGCGAUGAUAUUGAGGUCGAUAUCGCUGUAGAUCCAAACGAGAUGCCUGGCCCAGACAUCGCUGAAAGGCUCUUUGAUUGCUAUCUGGAAACUGUACACGGCACAUUUCCUCUCAUGCCCGCUAACUUCGAAGACCAAUUUCGACGCUACAUUCAAUCUCUCAGGUACAGAAAUCCGUAUCAAAUCCCGCCACAAUGGCGUGCGACCAUGAACCUACUUUUCGCUAUUGGCGCCAAAUACUCUCAUCUCAUUGGUGCCGAAUGGCGAGGCGAUGAGAGAGACCAUCUCGUAUACAUGACACGAGCUGUUCAACUCUUGGGACUGAAGGAUACUAUAUCGUUCCUGGCAGCCCCCAGUCUGGGCAGGGUUCAAGCAACAGGAACAUUGGCGUUCUACUUCCUUGUGAUCGGACACUACGUACAGACGAAAAUUACGGAGCUGCUCAAGGAACUAGAGGACUGGGUCAAGACAGCGUUACCAUCUGAUGACAUCCGUCCGAGUAACUCCACCCAACGACCCGAGCUCAACCGCGAACGUUUUCUACUCAGAAUCUACUACUGGAGUACGAAAGUGCUCAUCACGCGGCCCUGCCUCUGUCGAAUAGAGCGAAGAAUAGCAACAGAGAGUUCCAAAUCCAUGAACUUCAACGCCGAGUCAGCAGAGACAUGCGUCGAGUCAGCUCGAAACAUGACGAUGCUGUUCCCUGAACAGCCAGAUACACAGUUCAUUUACUCGCAAGGACCGUGGUGGGAUGUGGUUCAUCUCAUCAUGCAAUCAGUAGCCGUGCUGCUGUUGGAGAUGGCCUAUGAGGGCAAACAUCUAAAGGAUGAGAGAGACGACAUCCUGACGUGCAUCAAGAAGAUGAUACGCUGGCUUCGUGCUAUGAAAGUAAGUGACCCAGUCGCUGCUCGGGCUCAUGAUGUCGUCUACAAGAUUUUGAACACUUGUGCGCCUGCUCUUCGGGAGCAAGUCAAGGAGUUGAUUGCCGACGAUACUGGAUGGACUUCUCGGCCCGCAAAGCCUACACGCUCUGCACCGCAGUCAACCUCCUGGGAGGAAAUGCCGCCAAAUUUCCCACCCCCGCUUUCCCAGGAUCACUUCAUGGACCCGCUACUUCCGUACCCUCUGCCAGAACAACAACCAACGUCUUUCGCUUUCGGAAACCCCUUCAUGACGAACUUUGAUCAAGGCGUACCUCUUGUCGAUAUGCAACAGCUAUGGUGGCAGUCAGCGCCCUUGAGUCACCUGGACUUCAAUCCUUCCACGAUGAACAUGUCACAGCAGCAACUCAUGCAACAGCAAAUGCAGCAACAAAUGCAUCAACAGAUGCAGCAGAGCGGUCUCGCCGAGCAGGAAGAUAUACAGGGCUCUUCUUGA